AUGGCGAUGCAAUACGAAGCUCUUGUGCAUCCGCGUGCAUCUCGAAGAUGGGAGGUGGGGAAUCGAGGACAUAGCUCAGCCAAGGGCCGACGCAUGGAGCUGUGGCCAUCCAACGGCGGACAAGACUCACAAAAACGCGCAGAACUUGUCAGCUUCGAAGGGUGGUACGAAGGGGUGGGAGGCAAACGCGAAGGCAAGGGCAAUAACAAAGGGCCCCGACUUCAGGUGAGAAGUCCAGCCCCUAUUUUUGAUUUGAUCGAGGUAUUUUUCUUAGUUUCGAUUUUGAGACGCUCCCGCGUGCAGGAAAAGGGGACGUGUGAGGGCACCAUCACAAUUGGUUCCACCGAACUAGGAGUUUCGACUAUUGGGCGACUUGCGCCGUGA